CAGCAUCUCAGAGUCGCUAAGGUUCAUUCAAGGCAUUAAUUUCAAGUUCAGGUUUUGUCGAAAGUUUUAGUUUUGAGUCUUUUGAUAGACAUAAUGCUCAGUAUGAGCGCAGAUCUAAGUUGUAAUGCACAAUUUAAGCUUGUUAACAAGGUUAAAAGCAUUGUGGGAGGGGUGAACAGUAUUGCCCAAGGGAUUAAUAGUGUCACUAGGUAAACAAAAGUUGAUUUUGAGUUGAGCUAAAGGUUCAAUUUGGAAUUGACUUGUUUGAACUGAGUUGUGGAUUUGAUUUAAGCCAACUUAGAUUGAAUUUAUCCUUAAAAAAGGUUUUUUGUUUCUUACUUGUAGGGGUGGAUUUGAGUUGAUCCAAACCUAAACAGUGUUUAGUUUGAAUCUAUAAUAUAUAGUUUAAGAUUAAAUUUGACCCAUUUGAAUCGUCUAAAAAAAGAAGAAUCAUCAGAGAAGAAUCAUUCGAGUCUAGAAUAAUCACUAAAGAAGAAAAAUAAGAAUUAUUGACAAUAUGAGCUCCAGUAUGAGUCGAGCCAACCAAUGAUUCGAGCCCAGUGAAUUAGAUUGAAUCCACCCCAAACCUACUUGCCAAGAAAUCCUGUACCUCUCAAGUCAUGAAAAGUAUUUAGUUCUUUAAUUGUACAGUAAGAUUAGAAAAUGUGGUUUCCGUCUCCAAAAUGUGGACCAAAUUUUCCUCCCAAAUUUGUCCAUAUAAAUUUAUCGCGUUUCUCAAAGUCCAAACAGAAAGUUUUCCAAGAACUCUGAAGAGAUGAUAUAUCUUUUGUUCAAAAUUGUGUUGACAGAAAUGAGUUUGAUUCUGAUCCUUCUGUUCAAAAACCCCCUAAGGAAUUUGGUGGUAAUGGGGGUAGAUAUGCUGAAGCAGGGGACAGGUCCCUUGAUUGCGAGGACUGUUGCCGCAACUGUGGUGGUGGUUUUUGCCUCAACCUUGUUCUCUGCAAUGGAGAUUCAGCGACGUUCGAAGGAAGGUCCGAUCAAUCCAACCGAUGAAGUUCUCAUGGCAAAUCUCCUUCUUCAAGCAUCUCUUACAGGAUUUUCUCUAUUUCUUGCAUUGAUGGUAGAUAGACUACACUACUAUAUCAAAGAGGUCCUUUCAUUGAGGAAGCAAUUGGAACAAGCAAUGAACUUCUACAAGGUUCAUGAAGAGAGCAAAAAGGCCUAAGUUGAACUACCAGAUUCACAACACAAAAGGUAGGCAAAGGAAAAAGUUUCUUCCAAGCAAUAUUGAUGCAAGAAUAAACCUUUGUACAUAGAAUGUUUCUUUCCCUUGAUAAUUUAGAACUUGUGUAAUAAGUUAUAUUGAAAACAAAGAUAAAUUUAUAUGUAAUGAUCAUCCUUUCAAACCCUAGAUAAAACCAACUGUUGGAUAAAUUUGAUAAAA